AUGAGUCGAAAUACGAACUGUUCCGAGGUGGAUGCCGAAGGCUCAGGUUCAGAAUUAUCGAGCGUCACCAAACACAAUGUUGAGCUACGAAGAGUAAGAGACAGUGUACCGUGGCGUCUUUGGGUUGUCGCCGUCAUAGGUCUUUGGGAGAAGGCCGCGUUCUGGGGCAUGCUCGCACCAUGGCCUGACUCUGAAAUCACAGAGAACUACAUGGAGAAUCCAUCGCACUAUGGGAAGAAUCAGACCCCCGGAGCACUCGGGCUCGGGCAAGCAGUGGCAACCCGAAUCUACUGCUGCUUUUACAUAUUCUACUACGUCACACCUAUAUUUGUCGCAAUCGUGGCGGAUAGCAAACUCGGGCAGUACAAAUCGCUGAUCAUCAGUAUCGUUUUGUACUGCCUAGGUAUCGUGGCACUGACCGCAAGUUCGAUAACGGCCAACAUUGACAAGGGUUGGGGCGUCCCUGGACUUGUUGUGGCCAUGUUCCUGAUUGGCCUAGGCGGUGGAGGAGUCAGGGCAAUACUUCCACCCUUCCUUGCCGACCAAUACAAGAAGUCGGGACCCCAAAUCAAGACAUUAAAGACGGGCGAAAAGGUCAUCACGGACUACGAGUUGACUCUCCAGUACAUCUACAACCUCUACUUCUGGGUCGGAAACGUUGGUUCACUAUCUGCGUUCGGCACUGUUUUCAUCGAGAAGAAGUAUGGCUUCGCCCAAGCAUACGGCCUCAGUCUCGGCUUCAUGGUCCUCUCACUUCUCAUGCUCAUCGCAGGCAAGAACUGGUAUGUGCAGGUGUCUCACAAAGACAACCUUAUUGUGCCGCAAGCCACAAAGAUUGUAGCAUGUGCUAUAAAGAACGGCUGCAAGAUGAAGCGCGCGGGCCCCGACUACCAGCGCGAGCGCCACAGCAAGACCGUCUCAUGGACCGAGAACAUGGUCGACGAACUGACUCACGGACUACGUGGUUGCCGCGUUCUAUUCACUUUCGUAAUGUUCUGGGUUUGCUUCGAUCAAAUGCAGAACAACCUCAUUUCGCAAGCCGGACAAAUGGACAUGAGAGGUACACCAAACGACCUACUGCCGGGACUCAAUCAGGUCGGCUGCAUCAUUCUAGGUCCAGCCAUUCAGAUGGGCCUCUACCCACUUCUUCACCGUCGCAGAAUCUACAUCGGGCCAAUAAUGCGCAUCACGAUCGGCUUUGGCUUUAUGAUGCUUGCCAUGUUGUAUGCGACUAUCGUGCAACACGCCAUCUAUACUUCUUCGCUAUGCUUGGGAAGCGACAGUGACUGCUCAAGUUCAGCCUUGGAUAAACGAAGUCGGCCGAAUGUCUGGUUACAAGCGCCCAUCUAUUUCCUCAUCUCGGGAGGUGAGAUCUUCGCCUACGUCACUGGCCUUGAGUACGCCUACGACCAUUCGCCCAAGGACAUGAAAGUAAUUGUCCAGGCAAUCAAUCUACUCGUCGCUGGCGUCGGUUCGGUAGUCGCUCUCGCUCUGACGCCUGUCGCCCACGAUCCAAACCUGGUCAUCUUCUACGCCUCACUUACGGGAGGAAUGGCAGUCACAACAUUCUUCUUCUGGUUCAGCUUUCGAAACUACGACAGAAGCCCAAUUGAUACCACGCAGAACCAUUCAGUAGAAGAGGACGCGUUAGAUGUUGAGAAGGGCAUGUCCGUACAAGACGGUGACAAUGUCGAUAUUCAUGAUCAGAAGGCUGAGAAAGCGAUGACUGGCGUACUUUCGAACGAAACUGCGAUCAAAGAACCCAUGUCGUUCGACAAGGAAAUUGCCUCUGGGGACUCUCUUCAGAUACAGUUCAGGAACCAAAACCGCACACAGGCGCUUGGUUGA